AUGGAGAAGAAGGCGGUGCAGGCAGCAGCCAAAGAGUUUCUGCAGUUUGUCAACAAAGGAGUAUCUCCAUAUCACGUGGUUGAAGAAUGCAAACGCAACCUGCUGGAGGCCGGGUUCUUGGAGCUGAAGGAGACGGAGCAGUGGGACAUCAAACCAGCCAGCAAGGUGGGUCGGGGUCAAAGGAACUUUUCCAGCCUCAUCGCCUUCGCAGUGGGCGGACAGUACCGGCCUGGAAAUGGCUUCUCCAUGAUCGGCGCCCACACUGACAGCCCCUGCCUCAGAGUGAAGCCGAGGUCUAAGAGGACCAAGCAGGGCUGCCUGCAGGUCGGAGUGGAGUGUUACGGUGGUGGCAUCUGGAACACCUGGUUCGACCGAGACCUGACCGUCGCCGGCCGCGUCAUGGUCAAGAGUGAUGGGAAGCUCCUCCACCGUCUGGUCCACGUGUCCCGGCCCCUGCUGAGGGUCCCCCACCUCGCCAUCCACCUGCAGCGCGACAUCAACGAUUCCUUUGGGCCCAACAAAGAGAACCACAUAGUUCCCAUCAUCGCCACGGCGGUUCAGGAGGAGCUGGAGAUGGGCUCCUCUUCAUCUGGAGACGCUUCCUGUGCUGCGAACACGGCGGAGAAGCACCACCCGGCUCUGGUGAAGGUCCUGUGCUCGGAGCUCGGCGUUCAGCCGGACGCUCUGCUGGACUUUGAGCUGUGUCUGACCGACACGCAGCCGGCGGCUUUAGGAGGAGUUUACGAGGAGUUCAUCUAUUCUCCUCGUCUGGAUAACCUCCACAGCUGCUACUGCGCCCUGCAGGGGCUGAUCCAGUCGUGCGGCGGAGCCUCUCUGUCCGAGGAUCCAAACGUCAGAAUGAUCACCCUGUACGACAAUGAGGAGGUGGGAUCCGAGAGCGCCCAGGGAGCGCAGUCCAACCUGACGGAGCUCAUCCUUAGCCGACUUGCCGCCUCCGCCUCCAACCUCACCGCCUUCCAGCAGGCGGCGCCGCAGUCCUUCAUGAUCAGCGCAGACAUGGCUCACGCCGUGCACCCCAACUACACGUCAGAUGUCAUUGAGUUAAACGUGCAGAUGGAGGUUAAAGUGAUGCUGCUGCAGUAA